CGGGUCGUCCCGAGUUCGCUGGCUCGCGGUGCGCUCGUUCGAUCUCAAAAUAUCGACCCCAAGGAACGCACCCAUUCGUAGUCGAGCCGUGGAAGAGUGAACACGCCAGCGAGUACAACUUCCGUCCGUCCGUACGUUGCGCCAGAGGGUGCGCAAAGCAUUGCCCCAUAAUCUGUGUGCCCGUGUGUGCGCUGCUUCAGGCCCCCCGGGGAUAUCGUGCGGAAGUGUGGCACAGGAUCACACGACGACGUUCACGACGUGCUACUGCUAUACAGGCUGCUACGAUCGAAUCGAAUCGACCACAUCCCCCCCGAACUGGACCACCUUUAACGCGAAUGCUAUAUGACUCCUUGUUUGUUCAACACCGUCAGCAGCACCGAGUAACAGCUUCCACCAAAGCAAUCGAGCCCUCGCUUAGGAUUAGUAUGGCCGUCGGUGAACGUGCGCUCUAAGGGCGGAGAAAGCAAACGCGAAACCAAGUGCCAGAGUGAAAGUGUCGAAACAGUGAUUUUUUCCAAAAAAAGGACGAAAAGGCCGUCAACAGGGAAGCGUAAAUCUUUUUUUCAGAAACGAACCAAAUAAAACAAAUAGAAAACAGUGGUCUGUUUGCAGUGAAAGUGAAUUAAAGCGAGCUGCUGCUGCUGCUGAAACCAUCAGGAAAACGGUGUGUGGCAGCCAAGCAGCUAAACUGCCCAUUUAAGCCCCAGCGAAAGGAUCCAAAAUCUGCCAAAAUAGAGCCGUAGUAGUGUACCAACAUGGCUGAAGCAGAGGGAGGAUCCGAGCAGGAUGAUGUUUCAUUCUUGCGUACGGAAGACAUGGUCUGCCUGUCCUGUACGGCAACCGGCGAACGCGUGUGUCUGGCGGCCGAAGGUUUCGGCAACCGGCACUGCUUCCUGGAGAACAUCGCAGACAAGAACAUCCCGCCGGACCUAUCGCAGUGCGUGUUCGUCAUAGAGCAGGCGCUGUCGGUGCGUGCGCUGCAGGAGCUCGUCACGGCCGCCGGUUCGGAAACCGGAAACGAUUCGGUAGGAAAGGGUACCGGAUCCGGUCAUCGUACGCUGCUUUACGGCAAUGCUAUCCUGUUGCGUCACAACAACAGUGACAUGUAUCUUGCCUGUCUGUCAACUUCGUCCUCCAACGAUAAGCUGUCGUUUGACGUCGGUCUGCAGGAGCACAGCCAAGGUGAGGCCUGCUGGUGGACCGUACACCCAGCCAGCAAGCAACGUUCGGAGGGUGAGAAGGUCCGUGUCGGUGACGAUCUGAUUCUGGUGUCCGUCGCUACCGAGCGAUAUCUGCACACGACCAAAGAAAACGAUCUGUCGAUCGUAAAUGCUAGCUUCCAUGUGACGCACUGGAGCGUGCAGCCGUACGGAACCGGUAUCUCGCGCAUGAAGUAUGUGGGUUACGUGUUCGGCGGCGACGUGCUUCGGUUCUUCCACGGUGGUGACGAAUGUUUAACGAUUCCGAGUACCUGGAGCUUGGACUCGGGUCAGAACAUUGUCGUGUACGAGGGCGGUUCUGUAAUGUCGCAGGCCCGCUCGCUGUGGCGACUCGAGCUGGCCCGCACCAAGUGGGCCGGUGGCUUCAUCAACUGGUCCCAUCCGAUGCGCAUUCGCCAUCUUACCACCGGCCGGUAUCUCGGUGUGAACGAAAACAACGAACUGAUCCUGAUGAGCCGCGACCAAGCGACCACCUCACAGACGGCCUUUGUGCUGCGCCUCGAGAAGGACGACCAGAAGGUGGUGCUGGAGGACAAGGAUUUGGAAAUUAUCGGUGCCCCGAUCAUCAAGUACGGCGACUCGACCGUGAUCAUGCAGCACUACGAGUCGGGCCUGUGGGUCAGCUACAAGAGCUACGAAACGAAAAAGAAGGGCGUAGGCAAGGUGGAGGAAAAGCAGGCGAUACUGCACGAAGAAGGCAAGAUGGACGAUGGGUUGGACUUUUCGCGUUCGCAGGAAGAGGAAUCGCGCACGGCUCGCGUCAUCCGCAAGUGUAGCAGCUUGUUCACCAAGUUUAUUAGUGGCCUUGAAACGUUGCAAGAAAAUCGUCGUCACUCGAUUUUCCUGCAGACUGUCAACCUGGGUGAGAUGGUUAUGUGUCUGGAGGAUCUGAUCAACUACUUCGCUCAGCCCGAGGACGACAUGGAACAUGAGGAGAAGCAGAACCGCCUGCGUGCGCUGCGCAAUCGGCAGGAUCUGUUCCAGGAGGAGGGCGUACUGAAUCUGAUCCUCGAAGCGAUCGACAAGAUCAACGUCAUCUCGUCGCAGGGCUUUUUGGCGUCGUUCCUGGCGAGCGACGAAAGCGGACAGAGCUGGGACAUGAUCUCCGGCUAUCUGUAUCAGCUGCUUGCCGCCAUCAUCAAGGGAAACCACACGAACUGUGCCCAAUUUGCCAACUCUAACCGGUUGAACUGGUUGUUCUCGCGACUUGGUUCGCAGGCAUCGAGCGAAGGUUCCGGCAUGCUGGAUGUGUUGCACUGUGUGCUGAUUGACUCGCCCGAAGCGCUGAACAUGAUGCGCGACGAGCACAUCAAGGUGAUCAUUUCGCUGCUGGAGAAGCACGGCCGUGACCCGAAGGUACUGGACGUGCUGUGCUCGCUGUGCGUUGGUAACGGCGUUGCGGUGCGCUCGUCGCAGAACAACAUCUGCGACUUUCUGCUGCCGGGAAAGAAUCUGCUCCUGCAGACCGGCCUCGUCGACCAUGUGGCCAGCAUUCGGCCGAACAUUUUUGUGGGGCGCGUGGAAGGAUCCGCCAUCUACCAGAAGUGGUACUUCGAGGUGACGAUGGAUCACAUCGAGCAGAUGACGCACAUGACGCCGCAUCUGCGCAUCGGUUGGGCUAAUACGGCUGGGUACGUGCCGUACCCGGGCGGUGGUGAAAAAUGGGGCGGCAACGGUGUCGGUGAUGAUCUGUUCUCGUACGGGUUUGACGGUGUGUACUUCUGGUCCGCUGGACGACGCACCUGCGUAGUGCCGAGGGAAGUAACGGAACCUUUUAUCAAGAAAGGGGACGUGAUUGGCUGUACGCUCGAUUUGAGUGUACCGGUGAUUCGGUUUACCUUUAACGGCGAACCGGUGCAGGGUUGCUUCACCGACUUCAAUCUGGACGGUAUGUUCUUCCCCGUGAUGAGCUGCUCGUCCAAGCUAAGCUGUCGCUUCCUGUUUGGCGGUGACAAUGGACGGCUGAAGUUUAAUCCACCACCCGGCUUUUCGCCGCUAGUUCAGUGCCUUAUGCCACACCAAAACCUUAGCCUGGAUCCGUGCUUUUACUUCGGUAAUCUGAACAAGAACGUGCUCGCCGGCCCAUGGUUGGUGGAGGACGAUUCGGCGUUCGUGCCGAAACCGGUCGAUACCUCGAUCGUCACAUUGCCAUCGUCGGUGGAAACGAUCAAGGACAAGCUGGCGGAAAACAUCCACGAAAUGUGGGCACUGAACAAGAUCGAAGCCGGCUGGACGUGGGGUGAACGGAGAGACGAUGUGUACCGCAUCCAUCCAUGUCUUACGUCGUUCGAGAAGCUGCCAGCGGCGGAAAAGCGCUACGACUGUCAGCUCGCCGUUCAGACGCUCAAAACCAUCCUGGCGCUGGGAUACUAUAUAUCGAUGGACAAGCCACCGGCACGCAUUCGUCCCAUUCGCCUGCCAAACGAUCCGUACAUGCAAGGCAACGGAUACAAACCGGCACCGCUCGAUCUGAGUGCCGCCGUGCUGACGCCCAAGAUGGAGGAGCUGGUCGAUCAGCUGGCCGAAAACACGCACAACCUGUGGGCGAAGGAGCGUAUCCAGCAGGGAUGGACGUACGGAUUGAACGAGGACUCGGAGAAUCUGCGCAGCCCGCAUCUCGUACCGUACUCGAAGGUGGACGAAGCGAUCAAGAAGGCGAACCGCGAUACCGCUUCCGAAACGGUGCGCACCCUGCUAAUCUACGGAUACAAUCUAGAUCCGCCAACCGGUGAAGCGAACGAAGCGCUGGCAGCGGAAGCGUUGCGCCAGAAGUUUGCCGCCUACCGUACGUACCGUGUCGAGCGAACGUAUGCGGUCACCUCUGGCAAGUGGUACUUUGAGUUCGAGGUGCUUACUGCCGGUCCGAUGAGGGUUGGUUGGGCACGGGCUGACUGUAAUCCCGGAACGAUGUUGGGAAGUGACGAUGCUUCGUGGGCAUUCGAUGGAUACAAUGCACGUAAGAUGCAUCUGCACACGGUCGAAGACUUUGGUAAACGCUAUAAGAUCGGAGACAUCAUCGGUUGCUUCAUAAACGUCCACGAGAAGAGCAUGAGUUUCUCGCUAAACGGUGAACUGCUGAUGGAUGCUCUCGGUGGUGAAACUACCUUUGCUGAUGUCAACGCACCGGACGGUGUUGGCUUUGUGCCAGCCUGUACUAUUGGUAUCGGUCAGAAAGCGCGUGUUGUUUACGGUCAGGAUGUAGACUCUCUCAAGUGGUUUACAACCUGUGGUUUGCAGGAAGGUUACGAACCAUUCUGCGUCAACAUGAAGCGUCCCGUUACCCAUUGGUACACGAAGGAUCAACCAAUCUUCGAGAAUACGGACGAGAUUCCGGAGUGCAAGAUUGACGUGACGCGUAUCCCGGGCGGUGCCGAUACGCCACCCUGCAUGAAGAUCUCGCACAACACGUUCGAGACGAUGGAGAAGGCCAACUGGGAAUUUUUGCGUUUGUCACUCCCCGUAACAUGCGCCAAUACCUUCAUUACUGAACAGGAGAAGAUGCGCCGCUGGGAAGAGAUACGCAUCCGUCAGCAUCGUCUAAUGACGGAGGUUGAUCAUUCGGCUCCGGCACACUUCGACCAUAUCAUGCGCAGUGGCUUCACCAUGAACGAUAUCAAGGGUCUGCAUCGUAACUAUUCGGAAGAUGCGGCCGAAGCCGACGAGAUGAUGCGCAACGGGCCAAGACGCCCGUCGAGACACCAGGGACGCGGUGGACUUAGCCCACCGGGCAUUGAAAUCAAUGGUGAGGCUACGAGCGACGGCGAGCUUAACGCGUACUCGGACAACGAGCUGGAGGGUGGUGACGAUCGCAAAAAGCGUGGCCGCAGUCCGUUCCGACUGUUUGGCAAGAAGCGGGACCAGAGCAAGGACAAGCUGAAGGAUCGUCGCACACCGGAGCCGGAACCACGCAAGAGCAAUCUGAAGGUUACUCAGCGCGGUCAGGCUACGCGCAUGUCGAACAGCGAUCUGCGUGCCCAAGCACCGUUGACGCCGGAGCGAAAGGGUAUGGGAAGUCCGCAGGUGGAAUCUUUCGGCAACGAAGUUUACGAUGCUGAUUGUCUGCGCUUAAUCAAUGAGUACUUCUACGGGGUGCGCAUUUUCCCCGGCCAAGAUCCGACCCACGUGUAUGUUGGUUGGGUGACGACGCAGUACCACGUGCAUAGCAAGGAGUUCAGCCAGAACAAGGUGCGCCACGCAGCGAUCUACGUCGAGGACGAGAAUGAGAAAACCAUUGAGAUCGUUAAUCGUCAAUCGUGCUAUAUGGUGCGCGCGGAUGAACUGUUCAACGAAGUUACCCAAGAUUCGUCUGGUAAGGGCGCAUCGCAGGGCAUGUUUGUUGGAUGUUUCGUCGAUACCGCUACCGGCACGAUCCGGUUUACGUGCGAGGGCAAGGAAACGUCCCACGUGUUCCUGAUGGAGCCGGAUACCAAGCUGUUCCCGGCCAUCUUCGUUGAGGCGACGAGCAAGGAAAUUCUUCAGAUUGAGCUCGGUCGCACACCGACGACGCUGCCUCUGUCGGCUGCCGUACUGCCAACCAGCGACAAGCAUAUCAACCCACAGUUCCCACCGAGACUGAAGGUCCAAUGUUUGAAGCCCCACCAGUGGGCACGCGUGCCGAAUACUGCUUUGCAGGUGCACGCCCUGAAGCUGUCGGACAUCCGCGGUUGGUCGAUGUUGUGCGAGGACCCAGUGUCGAUGCUGGCACUGCACAUCCCCGAGGAGGAUCGUUGUAUCGAUAUUCUCGAGUUGAUCGAAAUCGAUCGUCUGUUGCAGUUCCAUGCACAUACGCUGACGCUUUAUUCGGCACUGUGCUAUCAGUCGAACUAUCGUGCCGCACAUGCACUUUGCUCGCACGUCGAUCAGAAGCAGCUGUUGUACGCGAUCCAGUCGGAGUACAUGAGUGGUCCGCUGCGUCUUGGAUUCUAUGAUUUAUUGAUUUCACUGCAUCUAGAAUCGCAUGCCACUACAAUGGAGGUUUGUAAGAAUGAGUACAUCAUUCCGCUAGGCUCCGAACUGCGCGAGCUAUACAUUGAUCCAGAAAUGUGCCACUCGCUCCGUUCACUGCAAACGCUUUCCGUUCGACCGGAAAUGAACAUGACCGAAAUAGCACCCACACCCUCACAAUCGAAUAUGCCGACAAUAGUAGCACCAGAUUCUUCCAGUGAACCCAUACCGGCAAUUGACUCGUUAUAUUCGCCAAGAUUCCCACUCGAAGUGGUGAGGGAGUUCGUGAUGAGCGCACUGCAGGAAGCAGUACAGAUCAAUCAGGUACACAACCGCGAUCCCAUCGGUGGGUCUAACGAGAACCUUUUCCUGCCCUUGAUCAAGCUGAUCGAUCGUUUGCUGUUGGUCGGUGUUAUCACUAACGAAGAUGUAGAGAAGCUACUGAUCAUGAUUGAUCCAGAGACGUGGGAUCCAUCUUUCGAAAAGGAAGGUAGGGACGAACACCGUAAGGGAUUGUUGACGAUGAAGAUGGCUGAAGGUGCCAAGCUGCAGAUGUGCUACCUGCUGCACCAUCUGUACGAUGUGCAGCUGAGACAUCGCGUGGAGAGCAUUAUUGCAUUCGCGCACAACUAUGUCGGAGAUUUGCAGCAGGAUCAGUUGCGCAGAUACAUCGAGAUCAAACAAUCUGAUCUGCCGAGUGCCGUCGCUGCCAAGAAGACGCGAGAGUUCCGCUGUCCACCGCGCGAGCAGAUGAACGCCAUCCUUGGAUACAAGAAUCUCGAGGAAGAUGAUCUUGAGAAUGCGUCUUGCGGUCCCGAGCUUCGCAACCGUUUGAUCGAGUUCCACGAGAAGCUAAUGGGCAAGGUGUCUCUUAAUGCUUUGCAAGAGCCAGAGGAGCCCGAGGCGGACAAGCUGGAAGAGGGUCGACCAGGAGCUCUGAAGAAGUUGUACAAUUUCAUCAACGCUGUGAAAGAGCUGGAAGAAGAUCCCAAGGAACCGGUCGAAGAGGAAAAGAAAACGCCCGAGGAAGUGUUCCGCAAGGUGCUGAUCAAGCAGCUCGUAUCCUGGGCCGAAGAGUCUCAGAUUGAGAAUCCCAAGCUUGUGCGUGAGAUGUUUGGGCUGCUUGUACGCCAGUACGACACCAUCGGUGAGCUAAUCAAGGCUCUGAACAAGACCUACGUCAUCAACUCCAAAACGAAGGGUGAUGUAGCGAACAUGUGGAUUGGGCUGAGUCAAAUUCGUGCCUUGCUCCCGGUACAGAUGAGCCAGGAGGAGGAAGAGCUGAUGCGCAAGCGUCUGUGGAAGCUUGUCAACAACCAUACUUUCUUCCAGCAUCCCGAUUUGAUUCGCAUUCUGCGCGUUCACGAGAACGUGAUGGCGGUCAUGAUGAACACGCUCGGACGCCGUGCCCAGGCACAGAGCGAUGCACCAGUGCAGACGGCCGAUGGAGAAGAGUCGGCACCGAAGGAGAAGGACACGUCCCACCAGAUGGUGGUAGCUUGCUGUCGCUUUUUGUGCUACUUCUGUCGUACUGGUCGUAUGAAUCAGAAGGCUAUGUUCGAUCAUUUCGAUUUCUUGUUGGAAAAUUCCAACAUUCUCCUAUCGCGACCAAGUCUGCGCGGAUCGACGCCAUUGGAUGUGGCGUACUCGAGUUUGAUGGAGAACACGGAGUUGGCAUUGGCACUGCGUGAGCACUACUUGGAGAAGAUUGCCAUUUACCUGUCUCGUUGUGGGUUGCAGAGUAAUUCCGAGCUGAUCGAGCGCGGCUACCCCGAUCUCGGCUGGGAUCCGGUGGAAGGCGAACGUUAUCUCGAUUUCCUGCGCUUCUGCGUGUGGGUUAACGGGGAAAGUGUAGAGGAGAAUGCCAAUCUUGUUAUUCGUUUGCUCAUUCGUCGUCCCGAGUGUCUUGGCCCGGCUUUGCGUGGUGAAGGUGAGGGUUUGCUGAAGGCCAUUGUUGACGCCAACAAAAUGUCCGAACGUAUCUCGGAGCGCAGAAAGAUGCAGGACGAAGCGGAAGGUACCAUUACUGGGCUGAACUUCUCGCAUCCACUCCCCGAGGGUGACGAUGAUGAGGAUUAUAUCGACACUGGAGCUGCCAUCCUGUGCUUCUACUGUACGCUGGUCGAUCUGUUGGGACGCUGUGCUCCGGAUGCGGCCGUCAUCGAGCAGGGCAAGAAUGAGUCUCUGCGUGCGCGUGCUAUUUUACGUUCACUGGUACCGCUGGAAGAUUUGCAGGGAGUUUUGAGUUUGAAGUUUACGCUGACCAAUCCAGCACUGGGUGAAGAUAGGCCCAAGUCGGACAUGCCGUCUGGAUUGGUGCCUGGCCACAAGCAGAGCAUCGUACUGUUCCUGGAGCGUGUUUACGGAAUUGAAACGCAGGAGCUGUUCUACCGCUUGCUGGAAGACGCUUUCCUGCCCGAUCUCCGUGCGGCAACCAUGUUGGACCGUAGCGAUGGGUCGGAAAGUGAUAUGGCUCUGUCGAUGAAUCGGUACAUUGGCAAUUCGAUCCUUCCACUGCUGAUCAAACACUCUAAGUUCUACAACGAAGCCGAAAACUAUGCCAGCUUGCUCGAUGCCACACUGCACACGGUCUAUCGCAUGUCGAAGAACCGUAUGCUAACCAAGGGACAGCGUGAAGCCGUGUCUGAUUUCCUGGUCGCACUGACGUCGGCCAUGCAUCCGGCUAUGUUAUUGAAGCUGCUCCGCAAGCUUACUAUCGACGUUUCCAAGCUGUCUGAAUAUACGACCGUUGCGCUGCGCCUCUUAACCCUGCACUACGAACGCUGUGCCAAGUACUACGGCACUACCGGUGGUGGUCAAGCCUCCCAGUUCGGUGCAUCGUCGGAUGAGGAGAAGCGUCUUACGAUGUUGCUAUUCUCCAACAUUUUCGAUUCGCUCAGCAACAUGGACUACGAUCCGGAGCUGUUCGGUAAGGCGCUGCCGUGCUUGAUUGCAAUCGGUUGCGCACUGCCACCGGACUACAGCUUGUCCAAGAACUCGGAUGACGAUCUGUACGGUAAGCCGACGGGUGGUGGUCCCGAUCAGCCGCACUACAAUCCGCAGCCGAUCGAUACGACGGCGGUUCAGCUUACGAACGAUCUGAACCAGAUUGUGCAGAAGUUCAGCGAGCAUUAUCAUGACGCUUGGGCUAGCCGUAAGCUCGAGAACGGAUGGACGUACGGUGACCAAUGGUCAGAUGCAAACAAGACUCAUCCACGUUUGAAGCCGUACAACACCCUCAGUGAAUACGAGCGUGAACGCUAUCGCGAACCAGUACGAGAAAGCUUGAAGGCACUGCUGGCGUUGCACUGGAGAAUCGAACACUCGGAGGGUGAUGUGCCACUGUCGAACCGUGGUUCGAUGCGUCGCCAAUCGAAGCCUAAUCUGGAAUUACAGGGCGACACUGGUUCUCCGUUCAACUACAAUCCGCACCCGGUCGACAUGACCAAUCUGACGUUGAGCAGAGAGAUGCAGAAUAUGGCCGAACGUUUGGCGGAGAAUUCGCACGACAUAUGGGCCAAGAAGAAGAACGAAGAGCUGGACCAGUGUGGUGGAGCUAUCCACGCCCAGCUGGUACCGUACGAUCUGCUUACCGACAAGGAGAAGCGCAAGGAUCGCGAGCGUUCACAAGAGUUCCUGAAGUAUCUGCAGUACCAGGGACUCAAACUGCACAAACCAUCGCGUGGACAAACUGAGGAGCCGGGCAUGAGCACGGCUGCGAUCGAGCUGCGCUUUGCCUACUCACUGCUGGAGAAGCUGAUCUCCUAUAGCGAUCGUGCUACUAUCAACAUGAAGCUGCUGAAACCAUCGUCUACUUUCAGCCGUCGCUCGUCCUUCAAGACCUGCUCACGCGACAUCAAGUUCUUCUCCAAGGUGGUACUGCCGCUGAUGGAGAAAUAUUUCUCCAGCAAUCGUAAUUACUUCAUUGCGAUCGCUACCGCCACCAACAACGUUGGUGCGGCUUCACUGAAGGAGAAGGAAAUGGUGGCUGGACUGUUCUGUAAGCUUGCCAGCUUGUUGCGUCAUCGGUUGGCAGCAUUCGGUGCGGACGUUCGCAUCACCGUGCGCUGUCUGCAGGUUCUAGUGAAGAGUAUCGAUGCCAAAUCGUUGGUGAAGAACUGUCCCGAGUUUAUUCGUACGUCGAUGUUGACGUUCUUCAACAACACGGCGGACGAUUUGGGCCAAACGAUCGUCAACCUGACGGAUGGCAAAUAUGAUCGUCUGCGUGGAACGCAUCUGAAAACGUCCACUUCGUUGGCGUACGUCAAUCAGGUGAUCUUGCCAGUGUUGACUUCACUGUUUGAUCAUUUGGCAGCGUGCGACUAUGGAAGUGAUUUGUUGUUGGACGAAAUUCAGGUCGCAUCGUACAAGAUCCUGUCUGCUCUCUACACACUCGGCACCGACACGUCUUUGACGCGCGAUCGUAAAUAUCUUAAGACCGAGCUGGAACGUCACAAGCCUGCCCUUGGAUCUUGUCUCGGUGCGUUCAGUUCCUGCUUCCCGGUGGCUUUCCUUGAGCCGCAUGCUAACAAGCACAACCCGUUCUCGCUACUGAACCGUAUUGCCGAUACCUCACUCGAGGCGCAAGACAUCAUGAGCAAGAUGGAAUGCUGCAUGCCAACGCUCGAGUCGAUCCUGUCCGAGGUCGACCAGUUUGUCGAGUCGGAAAAGACGUACCAGGAGGCACAGCACAUCAUUGAUGUCAUUCUGCCGCUGCUCUGUUCCUAUUUGCCGUUCUGGUGGAACCAGGGCCCAGACAACGUUAGCCCGCAGUCGGGCAAUCACGUCACGAUGGUUACGGCCGAUCACAUGAACCAUCUGCUGAAGAACGUACUCAAGAUGAUUCGCAAGAACAUUGCCAACGAGAACGCGCCCUGGAUGACGCGUAUCGCCACGUACACGCAGCAGAUCAUUAUCAACAGCUCGGAGGAGCUGCUCAAGGAUGUCUUCCUACCGUUAGCCGAGCGGGUCAAGAAACGUUGCGACAGCAUGUUCCACAAGGAGGAAAGCUUGCGUGGUUUCCUCAAGUCUUCCACCGAUGAUACCUCCCAGAUUGAAGCCCAAAUCCAGGAGGACUGGCAACUGCUGGUCCGCGAUAUCUACUCGUUCUAUCCCCUGCUGAUCAAGUACGUCGAUCUGCAGCGUAACCAUUGGCUCAAGGAUAACGUUGCCGAGGCGGAGGAGCUCUACAACUAUGUGGCGGAGAUCUUUAACGUUUGGUCGAAGAGCCAGUAUUUCCUGAAGGAAGAGCAGAACUUCAUCUCGGCGAACGAGAUUGACAAUAUGACAUUGAUCAUGCCUACGGCAACGCGCCGCUCAGCUGCCGUCUCGGGUGAUAUGCCCGCGUCCGGCGGUAAGGUGAAGAAGAAGAAGCGCAGCCGCGAUAAGAAGCGUGACAAGGAUAAGGAAAUUCAGUCCAGCUUGAUGGUGGCCUGUCUGAAGCGUCUGCUGCCGGUUGGUUUGAAUCUGUUCGCCGGUAAGGAACAAGAGCUGGUGCAGCACUGCAAGGAUCGCUAUCUAAAGAAAAUGCCCGAGUACGAGGUGAUUGAGUUUGCGCGCACGCAACUCACCCUGCCCGACAAGCUCGAUCCAGCGGACGAGAUGUCCUGGCAGCACUAUCUCUACUCGAAGCUCGGCAAAAAGGAGCAGAUUGUGCAGGACACACUGGAAAAGUCGGACAAGAAGCCGGAAAACAAGAUCGAAGACACGGUCGAGCGCAUCGUCGCCAUGGCUAAGGUUCUUUAUGGACUUCACAUGGCAUGCCGACCUAGAGCUAAGGGUCUUAAUUGGACACACGUUUUAUCACAAGCACGACGCAAAAUGGCUGUUGCAUGUCUAAGAGCAAAACCAAUGUAUAGAUUGAGCAGACAUCGUGCUUGCAACAUUUUUGCCCGAAGCUACUCGGAACUGUGGCUGGAGGAUGAAAAUACGGGCCAAGAGGUCAUGAUUGAGGACCUCACGCAAACAUUUGAGGAUGCUGAAAAGAAGAAGAAGGAUGAGGAAGAGGAGGAAGGCAAACCGGAUCCACUUACGCAGCUCGUGACAACGUUCUGCCGUGGUGCGAUGACUGAACGCAGUGGCGCUUUGCAGGAAGAUCCUCUGUACAUGUCCUACGCUAGCAUCGUUGCACGAUCCUGCGGUGAAGAGGAGGAGGAAGGUGGCGACGAAGAGGAAGGAGCAGGAGAGGACGAAGGAGGUGCUAGUAUUCAUGAACAAGAAAUGGAAAAGCAGAAGCUCCUGUUCCACCAGGCACGUCUGGCCAACCGUGGCGUCGCGGAGAUGGUGCUGCUGCACAUUUCCGCCUCGAAGGGCGUCCCGUCCGAGAUGGUGAUGCGUACGCUCGAGCUCGGAAUUGCCGUGCUGCGGGGUGGUAACAUCGACAUCCAGAUGGGAAUGUUGAACCAUCUGAAGGAAAAGAAGGAUGUCGGAUUCUUUACCUCGAUUGCCGGUUUGAUGAACUCCUGCAGCGUGCUAGAUUUAGAUGCGUUCGAGCGUAACACCAAGGCGGAAGGUCUUGGCGUCGGUUCGGACGGCGCAGCCGGUGAGAAGAACAUGCACGAUGCCGAAUUUACGUGCGCACUGUUCCGCUUCAUUCAGCUGACCUGUGAGGGUCACAACCUCGACUGGCAGAACUAUCUGCGUACGCAGGCCGGUAACACGACCACGGUUAACGUGGUCAUCUGCACGGUCGAUUAUCUGCUGCGACUGCAGGAAUCGAUCAUGGACUUUUACUGGCACUACUCCAGCAAGGAACUGAUCGACCCGGCCGGCAAGGCGAACUUCUUCAAGGCAAUCGGUGUCGCUAGCCAGGUCUUCAACACGCUCACUGAAGUCAUCCAGGGUCCGUGUACGCAGAACCAGCAGGCGCUGGCCCACUCGCGUCUUUGGGAUGCGGUCGGUGGUUUCCUCUUCCUGUUCUCCCACAUGCAGGACAAACUGUCGAAACACUCUAGCCAGGUGGAUCUGCUGAAGGAGCUGCUCAAUCUGCAGAAGGACAUGAUCACCAUGAUGCUCUCCAUGCUUGAGGGUAACGUGGUAAACGGUACGAUCGGUAAGCAGAUGGUGGACACGCUGGUCGAGUCGGCCUCUAACGUCGAGCUGAUUCUGAAGUACUUCGACAUGUUCCUGAAGCUGAAGGAUCUGACCUCCACGCCAAGCUUCAUGGAGAUUGAUAGCAACGGGGACGGUUGGAUUAUGCCGAAAGAUUUCCGCGAAAAGAUGGAACAGCAGAAGAGCUACACGCCGGAGGAGAUCGACUUCCUGCUCGCUUGCUGCGAGACCAACCAUGACGGAAAGAUCGACUACAUCGGUUUUGUCGAUCGGUUCCACGAGCCGGCCAAGGAGAUUGGUUUCAAUCUGGCCGUCCUGCUGACGAACCUGUCCGAGCACAUGCCGAACGAACCGCGGUUGGCCCGGUUCCUCGAGACGGCCGGUUCCGUGCUGAACUACUUCGAGUCGUUCUUGGGCCGUAUCGAAAUUAUGGGCUCGUCCAAGCGCAUCGAGCGCGUGUACUUCGAAAUCAAGGAAGCGAACAUCGAACAGUGGGAGAAGCCGCAGAUCAAGGAAUCGAAGCGUGCCUUCUUCUACUCGAUCGUCACGGAAGGUGGCGAUAAGGAGAAGCUGGAAGCGUUCGUCAACUUCUGCGAGGAUGCCAUCUUUGAAAUGACGCACGCCUCCGGACUGAUGGCGAGCGAUGACGACGGUGGCACCGUGCGCCGUGAUCAGGCGUUCACGUACAUCAGCGAGGAGGAGGAGGAGCGUGCCGCCCGCGAUCCGAUCAAGCGCACCAUCCAGGCCGUCAAGGACGGUCUGUCAUACUCGAUGUACAUGAUCAGCCCGUCCAACAUCAAGCACCAGAUUACCGUACUGCAGUCGAAAUCAUUCCCCGAGAUUAUAGUCGGAUUCUUCAAGAUGAUCUUCUACGCGUUCUACUACUCUGGCUUUGGCGUGUCGGUUGUGAUUAAGUACUUGGUGAACAUCCUGAUGUCGCUCAUGCGCGGCCCGGCCCAGGAGGAGGAAGAACCGAUCCCGGAGGCGGAACCAUCCCUGCGUGCACUGCCACCACUACCGCUGGAGGAGCCGCCAGGUACGGUGCAGGCGUUCGGUUUGGACAUCAGCAAGGAAGAGAAUGGACAGUAUCGCAUGGCACCGCACGAGUCGCCCGCCCUCAGCCCGUCGUCCUCGAUCGAGGAAACGGGUGAGUCCAGCCCCGAGGAUGGAGCGGCCGAGCUGACGGGCGAAGGUGUACCACCGGGCGAACAGAUGACGCUUGUUGAUCUGCUCGGCGGUGAAGCCGCCAAGCGUGCCGCCCAGGAACGCACGGAAGCGCAAAAGGCACAGGAAGCUACACUCGCCAGCAUUGAGGCGGAGUCGAAGAAGGCUUCAACCGAAACGAAGGAACCCGCGGCCGUCCACCAGAUCGAUUUCUCCAAGUACACGAAGAAGUGCGUCAGCUAUCUGGCGCGUAACUUCUACAACCUGAAGUACGUGGCGCUGGUGCUGGCGUUCUGCAUCAACUUUAUGCUGCUGUUCUACAAGGUGACGACGCUCGGCGACGAGGAGGACGGUGAGGGUGGUUCGGGCGAAAGUUUGAUGGGACUCGGAUCGGGCCUGGGAUCGGGACUUGGCAUUUUGGAAACGGGCUCGGGCGGCGGUGAAGGUGGAAGCGGCGAUGGCGAAGGCGAAGAGGAAGACCCACCGGAGAAGGUGCAUGUAGAUGAGGACUUCUUCUACAUGGAGCACGUGCUGCGUAUCGCUGCCAUCCUGCACAGUCUGGUGUCGCUCUGCAUGCUGAUCGCUUACUACCAUCUGAAGGUACCGCUGGCCAUCUUCAAGCGCGAGAAGGAAAUCGCUCGUCGGCUCGAGUUUGACGGACUGUUCAUUGCCGAGCAGCCGGAGGACGACGACAUCAAAUCGCACUGGGACAAGCUGGUGAUAUCCGCCAAAACGUUCCCGGUUAACUACUGGGACAAGUUCGUAAAGAAGAAGGUCCGCCAGAAGUAUAGCGAAACGUACGACUUCGACUCGAUCUCGAACCUGCUCGGCAUGGAAAAGACGGCGUUUGCGGCACAGGAAGCGAACGAGGGCGGUGGCUUCUUCCACUUCAUUACGAACAUCGACUGGCGCUACCAGAUCUGGAAGGCGGGCGUGACGAUCACGGACAACUCGUUCCUGUACUCGCUGUGGUACUUCUCGUUCUCGGUGAUGGGCAACUUCAACCAGUUCUUCUUCGCCGCCCAUCUGCUCGAUGUGGCGGUCGGCUUCAAGACGCUGCGCACCAUUCUGCAGUCGGUAACGCACAACGGCAAGCAGCUGGUGCUGACCGUAAUGCUGCUCACGAUCAUCGUGUACAUCUACACAGUCAUCGCGUUUAACUUCUUCCGCAAGUUCUACGUACAGGAGGAUGACGACGGAGAGGAGGGCGACCGCAAGUGUCACGAUAUGGCGACCUGCUUUGUGUUCCAUCUGUACAAGGGUGUGCGGGCGGGUGGUGGUAUCGGUGACGAGAUAGGCGAUCCGGACGGCGACGAGUACGAGGUGUACCGUAUCCUGUUCGACAUCACGUUCUUCUUCUUCGUCAUCGUUAUCCUGCUGGCCAUCAUCCAGGGUUUGAUCAUCGAUGCGUUCGGUGAGCUUCGUGAUCAGCUCGAAUCGGUCAAGGAGGAUAUGGAGUCCAACUGCUUCAUCUGUGGCAUAGGCAAGGACUACUUUGAUAAGGUACCUCACGGGUUCGAUACGCACGUCGCCCAGGAGCACAAUCUCGCCAACUACAUGUUCUUCCUGAUGCAUUUAAUCAACAAACCGGACACGGAGUACACCGGUCAGGAGACGUACGUGUGGAACAUGUAUCAGCAGCGAUGCUGGGACUUCUUCCCCGUCGGUGACUGCUUCAGAAAGCAGUACGAAGAUGAGCUGGGUGGUGGCGGUAGCUAAAAUCUGCUGCACGGGCCACCAGCGACGAUCCCACUACCAACCACUGUCGAUGUGACCUAACCUUUCUAAGUGGCGUGCGGUGACCAAACCACAAACCACAAUAAAACACACACCCAACAUAACCAAAGAACAACCGAACAAUCAUACAAAACAAUAGGCAACACCUGCUGCUCUGAUCGAACAUAUUCGGGCGGGUAGAAGUAGCUAGACAGCCGCACGAAUGUGUACGGUAAUUGUAAAGAUUUGUAUGUAGAUUUUUGCUCCCUUUAUCUAAGCCAACUUACAUCUUCUACAGCCAGUGUUUUGUCCUACUAGCAAGAGUUACGAUCUUAUACGACCCGUUUUUUCUACCACUCCUCCUUUGUGUCCCUCUUGUAGUGAUGGUGAUUUGGAAGCAGAAUUUAACGGUUCCUUUAGAAAAAAAGGUUCCCCCCUCGAAAGGCAAUCACAUUACAAAAACACAAAGCUUUUCAUUACAAUCGCACAUCACACACCACACAUUUGUUCCAAAAUCCUUUGCAUAUCAAGAUCGAGAGCUCUCUGCAGCCUAUCUUCACACACCUCUCUUGGGUCGAUUUUAUUCACAUUCACAACCAGGACGCUUUCUCCCAUUUAGCCCGUUCUGGUUGUGCUCGAUAGAAUCAACACAACAAAAAGUGUCCAACAACAAAAAGACGUACACCACCAUUAGGGAUUUGGUAUUGAAUCGAUCGAUUUCGAAGAAAUUAUUUCAGAACCGCAAAGUAGCGCGUUCUUACUAUUAGUGCACAGGUGGUUUGUGCGUAAGCGGCUCAGUUUUUGAGUGCAAAACCACGUGUCGUGAUCUCCGGCUGCCCAAGCCACUCCGACACGACAUUCGACAGUGAAUCGAACGAUACACCCGCCCCACUAUGCCGGCCCCCAUUAGUCCCUUAUUGUUCGUUAGAUUUGGUUUAGAAUGUAAUGAUUUGAUACCCACAAAAAAAUAUCUUCGUUCUUUCGUUGAGUUAUUGAGCAACCCUAUCAUAGCGUAAAACACUUUUCGAACAGCACUUUUGUACCAUUUUGCUAGUGAAACGCUAACGAAAGAGAAGACACAAGUUAUAGUUUAUAGUUUUUUUUUUUAAUUGAACUGCUUUUUUUACGCACCAAUGCCUAUUCUGCCAAUGCUGCCUUCAUAUUGAUUUUGCUAUUUACAUGUUCAAACGAUUGUUGUUAUUACGAUAUGUUAUGCUAUGGUUCCGAGCUCGAACUAUGCAUCCCGCUGCUGGGGGUGUGGGACCUACUUAGGAGUUAGUUUUACUUGGUAUGAUUGAGCAAACACACGCUUAAAAAUUUGAACCGAAACCGAUCGACCGACCGGGGAGAAGGAAACAACGGAAAAUACCAAACAAAUCAAUCGUACACACUGACAACUAGUAAAUAGUAGUUAUCUACAUUUUAAAUAAAACAAAAGAAAGAUUCUAGUUAACUUAUGAGAAUUUUUAAGUAAAUAAAAUUCAAUUAUUGAAAUCUAU